ACACAGUAACAUCAAAUCCAAAGCAUCCUCUCUUCUUUUAUCCGCUCACACAUUUCAAUUCAUCAAUCAAUUUGCAGCAUCCUAAUCUCGCUCAGAUUUUCUCCAGAAAAGGGAAAAUAAAUAAAAAAGAGAAUAAUAAUAAUAUCUUUUGUAAUUCGCAAAACGUGAUCGACGCUGGCGCAAAUUGAAAUUAGGAAUUAGGGUUAGGGUUUUCAUUAUCUUCGCCCGGAAAAGAAAGGGGGGAAGAAGAAAGAACCGUUCCUUUAUGAUCGAAAAGGUGCCUUUGGUCAUCAUCGCGGUGUUAAUCUUGGUGGUGCAAUCCUCUGCAGCGUUCCACGGUAUAAACAGAAUCAUGAAGGUCCACCCUGUUCCUCGAAAACGCAACAUCUCAAUCCAAUUUGGCGGCGACGGGGGCAACCCGAUGUCGGAGGCUCAGGCGCUGUUGGGGAUCGCCGGGAAGAAGCUCCGGCGACUACCGCACGUGUUCAGCUGCGUGCUGGAGCUGCCCUUCCGCUCCGACGCCGACGUUGCGGUGGAGGAAGCCCCCGACUGCUUCCGCUUUGUGGCGGAGACCGAUGGAAUCGGCGACGUGAGGGCGCACACGGUGGAAAUCCACCCUGGCGUGACGAAGAUCGUGGUGAGGGACGGCGGCUCGGUGGAGCUCUCGCUCGACCAGCUGGAGCUCGAUAUGUGGAGGUUCCGGUUGCCGGAAUCGACUCGGCCGGAGCUCGCCAGCGCGGUGUUCGUCGACGGCGAGCUCAUCGUCACGGUGCCGAAGGGGCACGAAGAGGAGAAUGAUGGGGAUGGUGAUAGAGGUAUGGGUGGAGGUAGACUUGUGCUUGUACAGUAGUGAUGAAUGAAUGAAUGAGUGGGUGAGGUAAUGAAUGAUUCUUUUGUUAACGCCUUGUGGCCUUUCCAAACGUGGCCUUGUUAGUAUGUCGGUUAGAUUUCAGGUUGUUGUUGGAACUAGUUUCUCUGUGAAUUUUAUUGUUGCUAUUGUUCAGUCAGGAACAAAAAUGUUUUAUCUGGAUUCUGGAGAAUGGUUUAUUCAUCAUGGCAAUGGCAAUGGCAAUUAUCCAAAAUAGGUGUAACUGAGGCGUGUUUCGAUUUUCAUUUCUUCUCAUUUUGUGUGUUUGCUCUUUUUUAUUACACAACGUAGGUAACUCUGGAUAUGAAAUUGAUAAACAUGUGGCAGUUGUGUGCCUUGUUGGCUUAAGGUGGCACAUAUCUUAGGGAGGAAUCUUUUGUCUUGGGUCUGAAAGAUUGUCUUGAUGUUAUAUUAGUUUGGAUUGUGGAUGAUUAGUGACAUCAAUUUAGUCCUAAAAGAUGGAAUGAUAUUAGUUCACACAAUAAGAGAAAAAAAUGACAUCAAUUAAGUCUCUUGAUCACGUGGCUACUAAGGAUGAUUUUGGGGUUACUUUAUUUGAUUAUGGGAUCACAUUAUAUCUCUCAAGGAUCAAAGUAAUGUCAACCCAGUCUUUUAGGAACUAAAAUUAAUGUUUACUCAGAACGUUGAAAAUUGAUAUUUGAAGGGGGUAACCGUCUAACCGAGGCAUUUAAAGUGUGACCUUUAAAUGGGGGAAGAAAUACAGAAAGAAGAGGAGGGAGGAAUGGAGGAGGAUAUUCUGAUAUUUUUCUUCCUUCCAAAUUGUUUGCUAAAUCAACAUAUUCCUUUCAAAUCUGUACUCUAAAUUGUUUAUUAUCUUGAAAAGUAUGUGGACCUACUCAAAGGGAUCGGACUUUGCAAAUUUGAGAUUAUCUGGGGGUGGGGGGCUCAAAGAAAAGCUUGGCUGAUGUAACAAGUGAUUGAGAGAAACAAAGGGAGAUUUUUAAGUAGGAGGAAGGGAGUUUAGGGAAUUUUUACACAAGAAAAAAGAUUCCAGAAGAGAAGAGGCUAGCUGAAGUUGACAGAAAGCUAAAAGAGAGAGGGAUAGAGAGAAAAUCCUGGAAUCCUUGUAGCUGGUAUUCAUUGACAUUUGACACUGGUAGAAGGUUUUGUUAGGUAAAAUUUCUAUUUCAUUUUUGUAAGAGAACUGAGCAGUUGGGAUAAUGUAUUCAUUGUUCAACUUCUACUUGCUACUUUUAUGAUUUUCCA